ACUUCUCGUAUAAAAAAACUAUAGGCAGAGGAGGAGAGGGAGUAUAAUAUUUGGAUCUUAAUGCCCUGGCCGAUCUGGUUCGCCUCAACAAUUAACAGCCGGGAAACGCCCUCCGCUCCACACUCUGCUUUAAAUCGUCGGGCGAAUCUGAAUAUUUGGUUAAUGAGAAGAUGCUUAACAGCGAUCAGCAAGCCGAGGAGAAAGUGUAUGAUCAUAGAUUCCAGCGCACCGACCAGUGGAUGCCCGUUUAUUCUUGGCUCGAAUCGCUGGACACUGAUGAGGUCAUAAAGUCCAAAGAUGUUGUCGAUUGGCUGACGGCGAAUCCCGAAAUUAGGGAUCACUUGUAUUCGAGGCAUUCCCGCUACCAUUUGAUGCACUACAUCAAAAAAUGCCAUGUCAAAAUCCUGAAGCGAAAGGAGAAGCAGGGAUUGAUUGUUGCCAAACUACCUCCUCCUAAGGCUGAUCAAAGUGCUGAAAAAGCUUCUGGUUCUCCCCAUUAUUCUGGCAACAACUUGAGCAGCAUUCCCAAAGACAGUGAACUAUACAAAGCAAAAAAGAGAGAAGCUCUGCGCAAGUUUGAAAUCUUAGUGGAGCUGGAGAAAGAACUCGUUGCCACUUUUCGGCAGGCAUGAGAACUGUAACAACCACAGAUUUUGUUACCACUGAAGCGACCAGGGGGACCUUUUGCUGGAUUUUUGUUUUGAAUAGAUUUGAUAUAUGAAGCCAUCAAGUUUCCAUGCUUGUAUGUAUUGCAGAUAUUUGGAGUCGAAGAUGGUAUUUCUGGGAAUCGGGACUAUCUGGGUACUCAUAGAUCAAUCAAAGAAGCUACUUGUCUUUGUCCCAGCAAUAAUGAUGUAGAAAUUUGCUCAAUUGCAUAUAUAUGUAUACCUGCCAUUUUAGUGAACAAGAGAAGAGAUAUGGGUUUCGGGUAGUAAUUACUGACACUUUGUUUCAUUCUCAAAACUUGAUGAUUUCUUUUAUUACAAUACAAAGUAUUAAGAGGAUUAAG